UGGCUGUAGCAGCAGCAGCGGUGGCGGUGGCAGCAGCGGCGGCAGCAGCGGCAGCAAUCCUGCCGAGGCAAACAUGACGGUGACCAAGCUGCGUGGCGGGAAGUUCAACCUGGUGUUGAUGGAGAUGGGGGUGCUGCACUACUUCCUGGACUUGCGGGCGCUCAUGAGGGACGUGGUGUCCCCCCUGCUGUCCCCCGGCGGCCGGCUGCUGCUGCGCGAGUUCCACCCGGCCAGCACCAAGAUGCUGGCGUCGCGGGGCAGGAAGCACAAGGUCACGGGUGACUACUUCGCCACCCAGCCUCUGGUCUCAGUGGAUGUGGCGUACAGCAAGUACGAGGAGGAGGCGUCCGCUGCUACUGCUACUGCUACUGCCGCCACUGCAGACGACAUGGGGACUGUUAUUUCGGACAGCAGCUACAGUCCCGGCAGCAGCAGCACCGGGAGCUGUAGCAGCAUUGGCAGCAGCAGCAAUGGUGUUUCCCCGCGUGCUCGUGUGUUGGAGCGGCGGUGGGGACUGGGUGAGGUGGUGAGCGCGGUUGCGGGUGCUGGGCUGCGGGUGGUGUUGUUGGAGGAGGAGGCGGGUGUGCGGCUGGACGAUGCGGGGGUGCCCAAGACGUAC